CACUAAGCAGGGCCGCGGAUGCACCAAACUCGGCGCAUCUUAAUCCGAAUCUCGUGUUUUCUUGGGACGAAGCCGUCCUUUUCGCAUAUAUCAGAUGUCCAGUGCGGCUCCGAAAUCCAACUUCUCAGCUUCCUACAGGAGACGUUCUUGAUUAUUAAGCAAAGCCAAAAUGAUUCUGACUCACGGCAUAGCAACUCGGGUGGUAUAAUGCUUAUUCUGCUUAGCCAAACAAAGAAAUGAAGAAGCUCUGCCGAAAAAGGCGGCUUGCUGAUGAAGAAGCAGAUCCGUUAUGGCGGCAUCUGCCGUUAAUAAAGGAGGGAGCGGAAGAGGAAGGUGAGAGGAGUUCAUAAAUAAAUCGAAAAAGCCAUGUGAGAUUCCGAGAGGGCGAGGGGAAGAAAGACACCGCAGGUCAAACCAGAAACAGCAAUAAUGGCUUUUUUAACGUUGGGUAGCGCCGAGACUGCCGCAAUCCUCGACAGUGGAAAGGAGCAAAAGAAGAAGAUGAAAGAGCCCCACCACCAACUCCUACCGUCCUUCAUUCCCAUCAUCGUCACCUUUUUCUUUUGUCUUUCUUAGGUUGAUAUCUCCUAGAUUCUAUCGGGAACAUAUCGCAACUCCCACUCUGUUCCUUCUUUUCUUGACUCCCCUCUGUGUUGAUGGCGGUUUCGGCCUUCAAAUCCACUUCAAGAAGAGGCGCUUCUGCCUCCGGUAGCUCCGGCGCGACGGCGCCGUCCCCUUCCGUCAGGGAAGCUUCGCGGGAUGCCCAGAGGCGAGCCUCUCCCAGGAGAUCAAGAAGCGUGAGCGCCUUCUCCAGGGUCGCCUCGUCCCCCGAGUUCUUGAACAAGAGAGACAACCCUCUCUUCUGCACCGGCGAUUCCCCUCCUGAAAACGAGACCUUGUCCGAGAAGUUGAUCAGGGGUGGUGGGAAUUCCGGUGGUCUCGAAACAAGGAUUGUUGGGACUAAGGCGGAAGGGAGGAGCCCAGGUGUUGUGGAUGAGAGGAGGGGGAGAUCAGUCUCGAGGAGCGGAGGUGUCGGGUCGAAUUUGUUGGGAGAUAGGAGGGAUCUCGGUCGGAGCUUGUCCAGGGUCGACACGAGGCGGCGGGUCCGUUCUGUGUCGCGGAAUCCGGUUUCCAGAGGUCAUUUUGUUAGCUCUGAGGGUGAAGUUGAGCCUGAGCAUGAUUCAUCAACAAAGUAUAGGAGUAGUCGUUCUGAUGUUUUGGAUCAGAUGAAGAAUUCGAGGACUUGGACUAGCCAACACCCGAGUAUUCAGCCACCUGAUGAUUCUGCCACAAGUUUGUCUUCUUUGCAUUGGGAAGAUGGAGUUUCAAUGGGUUCUCUUUCUGGAGUAGAGGAGAGGACCAUUAAAGCAGUCUCUGUCUCUGAACAAAUUAAGGCAGUGCGGGAGGAUCAUUUAGGAGGUGAUGCCACUCCUAGCAGCAUUUAUGAAACAGUUCGAUCUGAAGUGAGGCGAGCAAUCUCUGAUAUUCAAACUGACCUUGAAACUGCCAUACGAAGGAGCAAUACCGCUGCCCUUGGAAGCUCCAGCGUCGUAGAUAUCCCCCCCGACCUUGUAAAUCCGGGAGCAGUUGAACUGGUCAUGGACAUCAGGAGGGAAUAUGCAGAAAAGCUUGAGGAGUCCCAAGAAAGGGCCAGAAAACUAAAAGCAGACUUGGCUGUUGAGGAGCACCGUGGGCAAGAACUGAGUAGAAUCCUGAAGGAAAUUCUUCCCGAUCCAAGAGCAUCUUCUGGACAAAAGUCUCGCCCAGGACGAAAAGGUAGCCUUGAGAGAAGAAAGAUGUCUAAACGCUUGACAGAAGAAGCCCUGGCGUACUUUGAUGAGUGCGUCUCACUGUCGACAUUUGAUAGUUCCGACUUCUCAUCGCCAGAAGAUCCACCACUCAAAUUAGUUGGUGAUGCUAACCCCUUAAAUGAAGGCGGAUCAGUUCGUGCAUCAAAUUUGAGCGCAUCAGCCAUGCAUACUCCAAAUGGUCAUGUCAAUGAGAAACAGCAAUCAUUCAUGGAGAGACGGUUGGAGCUCGGUGGCAAAUCCUCAAGAGUAGCUGUCGGAUGCAGUAAUGAGAAUUCUACCUCAGAGCCAGGUAGUUCUGAAAGUACUAAUCGGGAACUGGGAUGGAAGCACAAGUUCUCUUUCUCAGGCGACACAUUCGAAUACUUUGACCUUCGACGCGAUGUCAGCAACUGCGUCAAAGGCACGAAGAACCGCUCUAAGAAGGACGAUAGUAGCACGGCAAGUACAAGGAGCAAUUACUUCCAUUUCGACGAGUACGACUUCCACGCCUCGAUGCAAAGCUUGUUGGCGGACAGGGUGACCCACAGAAACCGUUUGGAAUCCGGUGGUUUUCUCAUUUGUGGUGGAGGGGUCACAGUAUCAUUCUCUCCAUUUGGUUCUUAGUCAAAAUGAUUCAGGAUGAGACCAGCAGAAGUUCAUCCAAGUACAGAGAGACAAAAUCCGCCUAGUGUAAUCAUCUAAUUGCUGUUGUGGUUUGCAGUACAAGAAAGUUAUUUAACCUCAGACCUUGGUUAGCCUGAACCCAAGGGUUGUGCAUUCUGAG